AUCCCCAGCUUUCAAUUCCUGCCAGCUCUCGAGAUCUGAAAACCAGCUGUUCCCGCUGCCGGUUGUCUGGUCCAAAUGACCCCUGUAAUCCAUCCUACUAUAUAGUUACACAUACAAACACUGCUUCACUGUACGUACACUCUUGCUCCAGUCCAAGAGCAACUAGCGAGCGAGCGCCUGUCGCUCGGCACAAUGGCGUCGUCCUCGCUUCGCCAUUGUGUCGUGCUCUUGGCGGCGUCUCUCCUCCUCUGCGUCGUCUCCGUGGCAUUCGCCUCCGACUCCGUUCUGGGCCCCAUCACCACCAAUGGCCGGAACUACACCAAGGUGUGCGACCCGGCCCGGUUCGCGUCCCUGGGCCUCGACAUGGCCGGUUUCCGGUACUGCGACGCGUCGCUUCCCUACGCGGAGCGUGUGCGCGACCUCGUCGGGCGGCUGACGCUGGAGGAGAAAGUGGCCAACCUGGGCGACCAAGCCAAGGGCGCGGAGCAGCGCGUGGGGCUGCCGCGGUACAUGUGGUGGGGCGAGGCGCUGCACGGCGUGUCGGACACCAACCCCGGCGGCACGCGGUUCGGCGACGUGGUUCCCGGCGCCACCAGCUUCCCGCUCGUCCUCAACAGCGCGGCCGCCUUCAACGAGACCCUGUGGCGCGCCAUCGGCGGCGCCACGUCCACGGAGAUCCGGGCCAUGUACAACCUGGGCCACGCCGAGCUCACCUACUGGAGCCCCAACAUCAACGUGGUCCGCGACCCGCGCUGGGGCCGCGCCAGCGAGACGCCCGGUGAGGACCCUUUCCUCGUCGGCCGCUUCGCCGUCAGCUUCGUCCGCGCGAUGCAGGACAUCGAUGAUGGUGCCAAUGCCGGUGCCGGCGCGGCCGACCCCUUCGCCCGGCGUCUCAAGGUGUCCAGCUGCUGCAAGCACUACGCGGCCUACGACGUGGACAAGUGGUUCGGCGCCGACCGGCUCAGCUUCGACGCCAAUGUCCAGGAGCGUGACAUGGUGGAGACCUUCGAGCGGCCGUUCGAGAUGUGCGUCAGGGACGGGGACGCCAGCUGCGUCAUGUGCUCCUACAACCGCAUCAACGGCGUCCCGGCCUGCGCCAACGGGCGGCUCCUCACGGGCACCGUGCGCCGCGACUGGCAGCUCCACGGCUACAUCGUCUCCGACUGCGACUCGGUGCGCGUCAUGGUCAGGGACGCCAAGUGGCUCGGCUACGACGGCGUCCAGGCCACGGCCGCGGCCAUGAAGGCCGGGCUGGACCUCGACUGCGGCAUGUUCUGGGAGGGCGCCAAGGACUUCUUCACCGCCUACGGCCUCCAGGCCGUGCGGCAAGGGAAGCUCAAGGAGGCCGAGGUCGACGAAGCGCUCGGCCACCUCUACUUGACACUCAUGAGGCUCGGCUUCUUCGACGGCUCGCCCGAGUUCCAGUCCCUCGGAGCCAGCGACGUCUGCACGGAGGAGCACAAGGAGAUGGCAGCCGAGGCCGCCAGGCAAGGCAUGGUGCUCCUCAAGAACGACCACGAUCGGCUCCCAUUGGAUGCCAACAAGGUUAAUUCGCUGGCGUUGGUUGGCCUGCUGCAACACAUCAAUGCCACGGAUGUCAUGCUUGGAGACUACAGAGGCAAACCUUGCAGGGUCGUGACGCCAUACGAAGCGAUAAGAAAGGUUGUCAGUGGCACGUCGAUGCAAGCGUGCGACAAGGGUGCCUGCGGUACUACGGCGUUGGGAGCGGCCAUUGCUGCCAAGACCGUCGAUGCCACCAUCGUCAUUACCGGUCUGAACAUGAGCGUGGAGAGGGAAGGCAAUGACAGGGAGGACCUCCUGCUGCCAUGGGACCAGACCCAAUGGAUCAACGCGGUAGCCGAGGCGUCACGGGACCCAAUCACCCUGGUGAUCAUUUCGGCCGGGGGCGUCGACAUCUCCUUCGCGCAGAACAACCCCAAGAUCGGCGCCAUCCUGUGGGCCGGGUACCCUGGCGAGGAAGGCGGCACGGGCAUCGCGGAUGUGCUCUUCGGAAAAUACAAUCCAGGAGGGAGGCUUCCGCUGACGUGGUAUAAGAACGAGUACAUCGGCAAGCUUCCGAUGACAUCCAUGGCGCUGCGCCCCGUCGCAGACAAGGGGUACCCGGGGCGAACCUACAAGUUCUACAGCGGCCCGGACGUGCUCUACCCGUUCGGGCACGGCCUCAGCUACACAAACUUCACCUACGACUCCUACACCACCGGCGCAUCGGUCACGGUCAAAAUCGGCACCGCCUGGGAGGACUCCUGCAAGAACCUCACCUACAAGCCAGGGACGACGGCAUCCACGGCGCCCUGCCCGGCCAUCAACGUGGCCGGCCACGGGUGCCAAGAGGAAGUCAGCUUCACGCUGAAGGUGUCCAACACGGGCGGCAUCGGCGGCUCCCACGUCGUGCCGGUCUACACGGCGCCCCCGGCCGAGGUGGACGACGCGCCGCUGAAGCAGCUGGUGGCGUUCCGGAGAAUGUUCGUGCCGGCGGGGGAUGCCGUGGAAGUGCCGUUCACGCUCAGCGUGUGCAAGGCGUUCGCGAUCGUCGAGGGCACGGCGUACACCGUCGUGCCGGCCGGGGUCAGCAGGGUCCUGGUCGGAGACGAAUCGCUGUCAUUCUCUUUCCCGGUGAAGAUCGACCUCGUUGCGUAGCAUAGAUUCGAUUCUUUCUUAAUUUCCAUAUCUCCAUUGGAUUUUUAUAUUCUUACGACAGAUCGAAAGGAAUAAUAGGUAGGUAGAGUGGGAGGAAGGGAGAAGCAAGUGUAAUUACUCUACAGUUUACACCAUGCUAUACAAAAAAAGAUCGCAUCUGUGGAAGUUAACCAGACAAAGAAUUUUGGAGAAUUUUACAACUGUUUUA